UGCGCUGGGGCUGUGCUCUGACAGGACCGGCGCAGGCGCGGGGAGCCUUUGUGGCCCUCCCCCGCUGUUUUUCCCAAGUCCUGGGCUUUCCCCGCGGAAACAGCGGAGGGGCCAGUUUCCUGGCGAAGGGGCCUAAUCCUUGCCCGCCAUGCCCGGGGGCUUCGAGCUGCAGCCGCGGGACGGCGGUCCCCGGGUGGCCCUGGCGCCUGGGGAGACUGUGAUCGGCCGCGGGCCGCUGCUGGGAAUAACAGACAAGAGAGUAUCCAGAAGACAUGCCAUUCUUGAGGUGGCAGGUGGUCAGCUGCGAAUCAAACCGAUACACACAAAUCCGUGUUUUUAUCAGUCUUCAGAGAAGAGUCAGCUCUUACCAUUAAAGACAAAUCUAUGGUGCUAUUUGAAUCCUGGAGAUAGUUUUUCUUUGUUAGUUGACAAAUACAUUUUCCGCGUUCUCUCUAUACCCUCUGAAGUGGAAAUGGAAUGUACCUUAAGAAACAGUCAAAUGCUUGAUGAAGAUAAUAUAUUGAAUGAAACACCAAAAUCCCCCGUGAUUAAUUUACCUCAUGAGACUACUGGUGCCUCACAACUGGAAGGAAGCACAGAAAUAGCCAAGACCCAGAUGACUCCCACAAAUAGUGUGUCUUUCCUAGGUGAAAAUAGAGACUUCAGUAAGCAGCAGCGAAUCCUUGCCGAGAGGAAAAGAAUCCUUCCAGCUUGGAUGUUAGCAGAACAUUUAAGUGAUCAAAACCUUUCAGUACCAGCAAUCAGUGGAGGUAAUAUCCAGGGAAGUGGAAAAGAAGAAAUCUGCAAGAUAACCCAACUAAACACAACACAGCAAGGAAGGAGGCCAUUAAUUCAUCAGGAAGCUUCAGAAAAUACAUCAGCAGAACGUACAGGAGGAAAGUGCAAAAAUAUUGAUCAGGAAGAGUCUACCAUUUCAUCCAAGGAAAUGCCACAAUCAUUUUCUGCAAUCACAUUAAGUAACACAGAGAUAAAUAAUAUUAAGACUAGUGCACAGAGAAACAAACUUCCAAUAGAGGAACUUGGUAAAGUUUCUAAACAUAAAAUUGCCACUAAAAGAACACCACAUAAAGAAGAUGAGGCAAUGAGCUGUUCUGAAAAUUGCUCAAGUGCCCAGGGCGAGUCAUUCCAGGAUGAGUCUCAAGGGUCUCAUUCUGAGUCCAGCUCUAAUCCCUCCAGUCCUGAAACUUUGCAUGCAAAGGCGACUGAUUCAGUUCUACAAUGUUCUGAAGGAAACAAGGUCAAGAGGACAUCCUGCAUGUAUGGGGCAAACUGCUAUAGGAAGAAUCCUGUUCAUUUUCAACAUUUUAGCCAUCCUGGUGAUAGUGAUUAUGGAGGUGUACAAAUCGUGGACCAAGAUGAGACUGAUGACCGGCCUGAAUGUCCCUAUGGACCAUCCUGUUAUAGGAAGAAUCCUCAGCACAAGAUAGAAUAUAGACAUAGUACGCUUCCAGUGAGAAAUGUUUUAGAUGAAGAUAAUGAUAAUGUUGGGCAACCCAGUGAGUAUGACCUGAACGACAGCUUUCUAGAUGAUGAGGAAGAAGACUAUGAGCCAACAGAUGAAGAUUCUGACUGGGAACCAGGAAAGGAGGAUGAAGAGAAGGAAGACGUGGAAGAGCUUUUGAAAGAAGCAAAAAAGUUUAUGAAAAGAAAAUAGUAACUAACUUCUGUAGUCAUAUGUGCCUUACAUUUACUUUUUCUUUGUGGGAAAACAUUUAUGAACUAAGGAGGUACUUAAGUGACAGUUAUUUCCUUCUUUUGAUAGUUAAUGACUUCUACUACUGACUCUUUACAAGUGAGACAUUGAAACGUCAGCCUUCAGUAUAAUAGAUGGAAUUUUUUGUUGCCUUGCCUUUUCUUUCCUACUUAAAGCAUCUGGAAAUAGGAAGACAGAGAAGGUAGAGUAAAAAUGGAUAUUUUUGAUGUACUUUGUAUAUUGGUAAUAAAAAGUAAAAGUCAUAGGUUGUGCAAAA